UGGCCACAGGGAUUUCAGAUGAUAAAGGCAAUGUUCUCAGCAGUAAAUAUACAUUCUUGGAUGCUUGGGAGGGCAUGGAGGAACUGGUGGACCAGGGCCUGGUGAAAGCUCUGGGAGUCUCCAACUUCAACCACUUCCAGAUUGAAAGGCUCCUGAACAAGCCUGGACUGAAACAUAAGCCAGUGACCAACCAGGUCGAGUGCCACCCUUACCUCACUCAGGAAAAACUGAUCCAGUACUGUCACUCCAAGGGCAUCACCGUCACAGCCUACAGUCCCCUGGGCUCCCCAGACAGACCUCAUGCCAAACCAGAGGACCCCGUAUUACUGGAGAUUCCCAAGAUUAAAGAAAUUGCUGCGAAGCACAAAAAAACUGCAGCACAGGUUCUGAUUCGGUUCCAGAUAGAGAGGAACGUGGUGGUGAUCCCCAAGUCUGUGACACCUUCUCGCAUACAGGAGAACAUUCAGGUCUUUGACUUCCAGUUGAGUGAGGAGGACAUGGCCGCCAUUCUCAGCUUCAACAGGAACUGGAGGGCCUGUGGCCUGUUUGCGGCAAGUCAUAAUGAGGACUUCCCUUUCCAUGCGGAAUACUGAAGCUGAAUCAUCCGAAGUAUUUGCCUGGAGGACACUCUUCACUGACUGCCAACCCACUCCUCUUGACUAUCAGAUAUCAUACCCGGCCAGCCACAAUACAUAGGGCAAUUCUGCAUUUAUAUUCUCAUGUUCAACUAGAAGCAGACUAGUUGCACAGGAAAAUGCAACUCAGCAAAGGACAAUGUUCUUCACUAAUUUGACCUAGCCAAAUGUUUGUCAGUCACCAGGAACACUAGCGACACUGAAGGUUAAAAAGAUAAAAUAAUAAAAAUAGUAAUAGUCAUUGACAUUUUCAAAAGUCAGAGUGCUUUUUGGAAAAUGAACUCAUUGGGUUCAACUCUCAUUACUUGUAGUUCACGGUGAGAAAAUGGAGGCAUGAAGAGCUAAGGACUUGUGAAGCUCCUCCCAGGUAGUCAGUGGCUAAAACAAGUUUCAAAGGAAGGUGCUUUCAGGAGACUUCAGGACAGUUUGGUCCCCCUCCUCCUCUUCCUCCUCCUCCCCCUCCUCCCCCUAAGCCUCCUCCUUGCCAGACCCCCUUCUUCUGUGGCUUUCUUGACCCUUCCAUCUUGCCUUUAAUAAGCCAUCAUGCCAAAGGGUCAAAGCUGUUGGUUUAAUAGACUUUAAAUUCACAAAAAUGCCUAUUUCUCAAGAGAAGUGGGAUAGGAAAUGGGGAAGUCUGGACAUGAAGAAAACAUUUACUAUUGCCAUAAAUCUGGGACAUGCCUUCUUUUUUUUCCUAUAGAAAACUACGUUUAGAAACUAUUUUCAGAAAAAGAAUUUAGAAACUAUUCCAAUCAUCUAGAAAUGUCCAAAAGAGAGCACAGUGAGUCACUGACCACCCAAUUUACAAAAUAAAAUUUUUUAUUAAUUUACUUUUUUACUUUUCAAGACAGGGUUUCUUUGUGUAGACCUGUCCUGGAACUCACUUUGUAGACCAGUCUGGCCUCAAACUCACAGACAUUGGCCUACUUCUGUCUCCUGAGUGCUGGGAAUAGAGGUAUGAGCCACCACACUGAGCCCCAAAUGUUUUUUGUAAAAAGAAAUUUAUUCAAGAUCUAAGUGGACGACUGCUCUAUAGAACCCCAUGCGUGUUUGCCAUAAUCAAUGUCCACUGAAGAUCACUGUGUCACCCCAUUCUCUGCUGCCCGGAGGCCUAGUUGUGUUCAUAUAACUGUCCUGCUCAGCUCUUUUCUGGGUCCCAUGGAACUGGGGCAUGUGUGCACACUUGCAAUCCAGGCCUCCUAGUCAGAUGGCUCCCUCUGUCAUUGCUCAGUGGACACUUCUGGUAGGAGGUGGAAGGUCUGCAGAAAGAGAAAGGCAGGUGGUGCAUCUGUCUUCUCUAGUGGCAUUUCAGCAGAAGUGACAUUUCCUGAGUAACUCCAGCUAUUCCUUCAUGCCUGCACAUAGAUUCUGAUCCUACCUGUUGAUACCACUUUUGGGGUAGGAUAUCCCUCUUCCUCCUGUAUCCUCUCAUCCCUAGGCCUGGCUGUCUCUUCCUGCUGCUGCCAACCUUGGAAUGACCGCUUACCCUCCUGAUUGAUAUUCCCAUUCUUCCAUCAAGGUUUCAGAAGGGUGGUGCUCCCUAGUGACGCUCUGAUGGUUCUUCCCUUGACCUUUUCUGACUUUUGCUAGUUGCCAGAAUCCCCAAGGCUCUUUGCUUUGUAGCUGAUCGCCAUUUGUGUCUCCAUGACAUUCUGAGGCGUCACUGGAUUAAGGAGCCACCUCACAUUGCUCUCCCCCCAAGACAAGUGCUUCAAUAUUUUAGAGGAAGCAGGUUUGUGAGGAUAAAACUACUCAAGGCUAGCCCCUCUCUAAGAACCUCUUUUCCACUGGGUGAUCGAUGGUGGCACACACCUUUAAUCCCAGCACUUGGGGGGCAGAGGCCAGCCUGGUCUACAGAGUGAGUUCCCGGACAGCCAGGGCUACACAGAGAAACCCUGUCUCCAAGGAAAACAAAACAGAAACAAACAAACAAAAAAGAGAACCUCUUUUCUGGGUGUUAACUGUAAAAUACUAUUAGUGAUAAUGAGCUGGCGUGGUGUUACAAGUGUUUACACCCAGCACCAAGGAGGCUUAGGCAGGAAAAUUGCAGCAAGAUCCAGUCUCUCUCUCCCUCCCCUCCCUCCUUCCCUCCCUCUCCCCCCUCUCUCUUUCUCUCUCUCUCUGCUGCUUCCUCUUCUUCUCUCUCUGACUUUCUACUUUCUCUAACACACACACAUACACACACACACACACACACACACACACACACCACAUACACAUCACUACAUGGUUCUCAGAACACACUGCCAGUCAAGUAUCUGCUCACAGGUUCAGAGACAGAAGGAGAGACCUGCAAGCUGGAAUCCCCUAAAGUCUUUUUUUUUUUU